UGUGUGUGUGUGUGUGUGUGUGUGUGUGUGUGUGUGUGUGUGUGUGUGUGUGCGCAGCAGCUGCACUGCACAUAUCUCAGUGCUCAGUGUGGGUUAUUCACAGUCCUGCUAUGCAGACUGAGUGGAGCCACGCUCAGACGGCUCCUCUGUGAGCCCAACAUGGAGGCAGCCAGAGACUCUCUCUCUCCGCACAGGAAAACUGCUCUGGGAAGCCGCUCUCACUCAGCUUUGUGCACUAAUGUGGAUUAUUCAGCGUGCAGACAGAGCGGAGCCUGUAACUUCAUGAAGCUCUCCUUUCUCUCUGUUUUUCUUCGGCAUGCUUGAUGGAGCUGCUGAUGUGAAGGUUUGGAGACCAGCUUGCUUUCCACUGAACACUUGUUGGACCUGAAAUUUUUGGGUCAGUCUCUCUUGGAUUAACCUUUUUUCCCCUUGAACUGAACUUUUUGUAGUUUUUGUUUCCUGUCCUGUCUGUUCCCUGCACUGAGUGUGGAACCAUGAAGAACCCUCUUCCACUGGACAGCGGCUGGAGCGCCGCCGUUCGCCAGGACACAGUGCUGGUCUCUGUGCCGGGCAUCAACAAGAAGUUCAAGAGGAAGUCACGUGAGCCCAAGAGGCUGUUCACCGGCCCGGACCCUGAGAGGAUGGGCGUGCUGGACGUGGAUCCGGCGGACGACGGCAGGCUGGGGCCGGCGGCCGGCUCCGCGGCGGCGGAGGACGGCGUGGCCCCGGCUCACAGCGGCGCCAUAGACAUGAGGAUCGGCAUCAACGUGCCCGACCUCAGCUCCAAGGUGUCGGCGUUCGGCGGCGCCCCCUUCCCGGAGAUCUCCCACUGGCCCCCCUCCAUCUCCCAGCCUCUGUCCAACAGACUGAAGCUCAGCCUGCAGUCCACCUUCUCCCUCUCCGGUGGCAGCGCUCGCUCGCCCGGCCAUCAGGCCUUCCCCGGCCAGCCCGUGGACCUGGACCUCCCCAGAGCUUCGCAGUCCUCCCAGUGUCACCAGCACACGGAGCCCCCUGCUGCCCCCGCCAAGGACUCUCCCAGGAAGCGGGUGGCGGCCGGCGCCGACGGCGUUCCUGAGGUCAAAGCCAUCCAGCAGACCAGGAGGCUUCUGGCCAACGCCAGGGAGCGCUCACGAGUACACACCAUCAGCGCUGCCUUCGAGGCCCUGAGGAAGCAGGUGCCUUGCUACUCUUACGGGCAGAAGCUGUCCAAGCUGGCGAUCCUCCGCAUCGCCUGUAACUACAUCCUGUCCCUGGCUCAGCUGGCCGAGCUGGACUACAGUCCAGACCACAGCAGUCUCACCUUCUCCCAGUGUGUGGAGCAGUGCACCAGGACCCUGCAGGCCGAGGGCCGGAGCAAGAAGAGGAAGGUGGGGAGAAUGGUGGAGGACGUGUGAGCGUCUUCUGUCCACUGGGACCUGAACUCAUCGCCACGGGACGCUCAGCUCAUCUCUUCAGUUUGGAAGACAAACGUUCCCGUUUCACCGACAGGAAGUGGUGAUUUACCGAGAUCAGACUGGUGUUGACGUGCUGGACUGUGGCUCGCCGCCUCUAUAUACUGAUAAAUGUUCUGUCAGCUUAGUUUCAUGACUUUUCUUGCAUGGUUUGAGUUCCAUUAGUGAAAUGUUUUUCCAGGUUGUUGAGGUUAGAGAGCCAGUGUUCCAGGAAUCAGCCGGACGAAGGAGGAACGUCAGGUCUGACACGGCCGUCAGUUUACUUCCCAUCAUGAUGGACGGAGGCGGGAUUACCUGGACUAAUCCUGGCUGGCUGUCGCCUCAUUGAACCUGUUGUCCAGUCGAUUCCUUCUCAUCCUGUCAUUCCUUCAUAGUUUUAAUACAGAGACAACAGCUCCCUUGUGGGAAUAUUUUUGUGGCUAUUUGUAUGUUUUGCCGCCUCGGAUUAAUAAA